AUGGUGCCACUGGAAGAUCUGCUUAAUAAGGAAAAUGGCACUGCCACGCCUCAGGUCAGCCAGCACUCCAUAGAAAAUGACAGAAAAGUUGUUCCCAGCGCUUCGAAAGGGGACGGGCUGCCCAGUCCCAACCUAUCAAAAAGGGCCUCUGAUUGUUCGAAGAGGUCCAGGAAUACAUGUGCCACAGAGGCUAUUGGUUCGAAAGGGCAAGAAGAGGAACAAAUGUCACCCAGCAGCACUUCUUCAUCAUCCCUGCCCUACCAUAGUUCUUCGCAUUUGAACACCCCACCAUAUGAUUUAUUGGGUGCCUCAGCUGCUUCUCCCACCACACCAUCUUCGUCUGACUCUUCCUCUUCGUCACCACUGACGCAAGGGCAUAACCCGGCUGACGAUGAUGAGGAUGAUAUGGAUAACGACGGCGAUUCUGAAGACAUAGUUCUUUACUGCAAAUGGGAAAACUGUGGUAUGAUGUUCAACCAACCGGAGCUGCUGUAUAGUCAUUUAUGCCAUGACCAUGUGGGCAGGAAGUCACAUAAGAAUUUACAACUGAACUGCCAUUGGGGGGACUGUUCUACGAAAACGGAGAAAAGAGACCAUAUCACUUCACAUCUGAGAGUUCACGUACCAUUAAAGCCGUUUGGCUGCUCUACCUGUUCUAAGAAGUUCAAGCGUCCACAGGACCUGAAAAAGCAUUUGAAGAUUCAUCUGGAGAAUGGUGGCAUCUUGAAGAGGAAGAGAGGUCCCAAACUCGGCUCAAAGAGAGCCAGUAAGAAGAACAAAAGAAACAUAAAGGAUGCGGUGUCAUCCCGUCCUGCUUCUCUCCCAUAUCUUGUGAACGGCAGUUUCAAGUCACAUUCUACCUCUCCACAAAUAUUACCCCCAUUGCCCACGGGAAUUCCUCAACGUUUGCCUUCACAGCAGCAGCAGCAGCAGCAGCCACAACCGAUUUCGUUAAAUCAAUUUUGUUCAGACGAAAUAUCUCAGUACAAGCCAUUCUAUUCUCCACAGUUGAGUGCCAGAUUGCAAACAAUCCUGCCGCCAUUGUACUACAAUAAUGGUAAGGCGGUAAGCCAAGGCGGCAACAGCCAAAUGAUGCCUGUAUAUGAGGACGGCUGUUCUAAUAAGACGAUCGCCGGUGCAACCCAGUUUUUCACUAAACUAUCAAGAAAUAUGACGAAUAACUAUAUUUUGCAACAAAGCGGUAGUGGUGCUGCUUCCCCUGCAUCCUCUGCGCAUAUUCCGAUUGCGCAAACGAGCUAUGUCCAACCACCUACCGCUAUGCCAUAUCAGUCCCUGCAGGCCGGUGGCUCCGCUUCACCUACUACAAACACAACAUCUUACGUGCCAAUACAGCUGGCUAAAUAUCCAGCAGGUAGUUCGGUUACCGAACAUUUACCACCUUUGCAUUCAUCCACUACAGGUAGUGUUUUGAAUCGCCAGCCACAACAUGUUAUGCCACCUUAUCAACCUGCUCACGCCGUGCCCAACUACUCUUCUGCAGGCUGUUCCAUCUUGCCGCCUCUGCAAUCAAAGAUACCAAUGUUACCAUCGCGUCGUACGAUGAUGGGCGAGACUCCAUUGAAGCCAAAUUGGGAGUUCAGCCUGAACCAGAAAAGCUGUACUAAUGACAUAAUCAUGAGCAAGCUUGCGAAUGAAGAGAUAGAGGACGAGAGCGAUGUGGAGGAUGAUUUCGUAGAGAUGUUGGGUAUAGUGAACAUCAUCAAAGACUACUUGCUGUGCCGUGUCAUGGAAGAUGACGAAAGCGAAGACGAAGACGAAGAAGUUACAUUUUUACAAGAAUCGCUAGGGAAAUUAGGUUUGCAGAACCGAAUGGGCACGAAUUCGGCGCGUAUUCUCACCAAGUAUCCAAGAAUUUUGGUAUAA